GUGGAAGGCUCCAACAGUCUCUCACGAACUUCUGCUCCGCGUCUCUUCUCCGUUUGUGAACAUCGCGAAAGUCAUACUAGUGCGUAAAUUGCAUCGAGAUUUUGGAGUUUCGUUAAAGUUACCAGAGAAGUUCGUAACUUUAUUUCCUUGGUCGAGAUCGCAUUUUUGGAGUGGAAUUCUGGAAGUGUAUAAAUCGUGAGAAUUUUAUCAGCUAAAAAUAAGAAGAGAAAUUAUCUGCAGUUUGUUCGUGUGUUUUAUUAUGUUACAAUGAUUAUUAUCAUGACAUCAUGAUAUGUGUUGCGAAAAUAAUAUAUGCUUUUACAAUGACCUCGACAGUUUGAGUUGUUCAAGAAUCCAAGGAUUUAUUGCGAACUGCAAACCUUAAUAUUAUACUAUAUUUAACAGAUGGCUUUGUGCACAAAUUGCUAAGUUAAAAUCAGUUUUAAAUUAUUUAAAUUGUUUAAUGAUUUUAUCUCGCUUUUGAUGAUGAUUAGCAGUCCAUGACGAUUUAUAGUAUCAACGAUUAAUCUUCUGUUUGUCGCAUCCGUUAAGACUUCGUUGUGAACUUUCAAGAAUACAAUCGACUAAUCGUGUAAUCUUAUAGACGGAAGAAUUUUCGAGACUUUUGCAUUUUAUUCCCCUGGCUUGCUGCCUCUCGUGCCCUUCGCUGUAGGAUCGCCUGGGCUCUUACAAUGCUUCAAGGAACACCCCAACCUCAUUAGGCGUCGCGUCGAUUAACAGUCAGUGAAGCAAGAAGAAAACGACAGGAGCACGCAUUUCACGAAAAUGCGCCGUUUCAGGGCCGCAAUAAGUUAUUUCCGAGGGAUAACGAGAAACGAGGUUCGUCGGUUCAUCAUAUAUCGAAUCUCUGCAUCGUGUGCAGAUCGCCCAGCACGCGGAAGACACAACGCUGUGGGACUACAGUAGUGAUCAAGAGGAUUCAGCAAUCCAAGAACUAACUCACAGAUAUUAAAAUGUCUCAACCGGAAUUGAUCAGUGAUCUAGAUGUAGCUGAGAAUCCGCAGCAUCCUUGUCAGUGCUCCGCGAUGGAUCCUGUAAGAGACAGAACGGAAAGACACGUGGGAAGCACCAGGAUCUCCAAUAAUCAAGAUUUUCCGCGAAGUCUGGAAACCUUACAAAGUGCUUUCGAGCCGAUACGAAGAUUGGAGAGUCCUCAUCAAGAUAAUUCGCAACAGAUCAGCCUGGAUAACGCCAGGAACAUCGAUCUCCUAGAUCGCCAAGCGAGCAUAUCGCCUAAUCCAAGAUCCAUGAACAAUCAGAACUCGAUAUUAUUGCUUCACGGGCAUAAUCUGUCUUGUAGUCCGCGUAACUUGGAUCUAUCGCGCAAUCUCGCAUUCGAGGCGGCUCGAAGGGUCCAGGAGACCUCGAGCCUACAGGACAAUCAACACAGUUUGACCUCGAGUCCUAGUCCUUUACUGGAGGCCGAAUCGAAUCUGCUCGAGACGAGCAGUAAGGAAUUGGAAGAUCAUAAUAGCUUGUCACCGCAAAAGCAAAACUCUAGCAAAGACAAGCUGAAGAAUGUUCAACAAGUAUUGAAUCCGUAUCAACAUCAUCAUGAACCGGCGGCGGUGGAUCGUAGCGUUCACGGACACUUCCACGGCGAUAUACACGGUCACAUUCACAAGCACACCGAUAACUUCAGAAGCAAUUCGAAUCUCGAUGCCGGCGAGAGCUUGAUGGGCUUUCAGCAGCACCAGCGACCACACGCGCAUCAUCAUCAUGGCAAUACAAAGACGAAUGUCACUCAUCAUCACGGGUCCGGUGCGCAUCACGCACACUCGCAAGGAAUGACCGGACAUCAUCACGGAAAUCUGGUGUCUAAUCUCACCAGCCAUAUCCACGGAACAUCUGGUUCACUAAGCGCGUCCGGUUCCGGUUCGAUGAAUCAAACCAGCUCCACCACCUCCACUGGACACCAUCAUCCAACGUCGAUGCCUAUCACGGCUACGAUAAAUCACGUAAACUCGCCACGCAGUCAUCAACGACUCGGCGCCGGCCAUGGCUUGACCCAUCACUCGAAUCCUACCUUUCCCGGCGAUCAUCACGGUGUUUCCAGUGCUUUGAGCGGUGCGUCGUCUAAUUCGAGUAUGAUGAACCACGGCGGCUCGCCUACGGUGCAUCGGCACGUGGUCAACGUCAACAACAGCCUGUCGACGACACCUCUGGGCGGUCACCAUCGCGGCAGUUCGUCGGGUAGUCUGACCGGUCAUUCCAGCGUAAAUCACCAUCACAUCAGCUCCGGGAUAUCAUGCGAAUCCUCAUCGUCGAACGCCAAUACCAGGACUCACAGCAGGUUGGACCACGUUCACGAUCAUCAUCAUCACCUGCAACCUGUGCAUCAACUGCACACGAGUCAUUCCGAUGCCAGGCCGAGAGAUCGGGCGCCUUCGAGCUUGGAUCACCAUGGGCAUCUUCAUGGACACGUGCACAAUCAUGGGCAUCCACACGGACAGAAUGAUACCAAAAAUGCGUCUCUCAUAGGCGUCGAUGCCAUUCAGGUUUCAGCCCCUACGAAGAACAAGUGUCAAUGCCACGUGGUGCAGCAACCCGGAGGAAACAACAGAGGAACAGAGGGUGAGAGUGAUGCAGGCAUUGAGGUGGCAUCGAGAACGCAUCAACCCCCUGCCCUUCCACCACGUCCACCACCGAGACCAACGAGACGUUACGAGACAGCUACUGCCAAUCAAUGUCACAGCGGCGAAGGUGGCUGCUGCAAGAAGUACGUUGUCCUCUGCUGCCUCUGCGGUGGGUUAAGCGCAGCGGUCGGCAGCCUCUUUUUGGCGGUGCACGCGGUCCUGUCGGCUCACACGGCCAGUCUAGCGCUCUUCGAGACCGUCCCAUCUUACAUUCCUGGCAUUAUGUUGAUCCUCAUGGGUCUUUUCACAAUGCUGCUAGCUAGACGAAAGCACAGAUACGGACUUCUGAUGAAAGUCUGCGGUUCCGUGGGAGUGGUGUGCGCGCUGGUGUGCGUGCUCGUUACCGUCACGACCACGGUAAUUCACAUGUCGCGAUUGCAGAAUCUUCGCGAAUGCGUUUACACUGCGCGCGCGAGAUCGUGCACAUGUUAUGGUGCGCCGCAGUCGAAGGGAGACCCUGGCGUACUGUUCGAGGGAACUCCUCAUUGCGAGGCAGUGCACGGCGCAUUGUCGGACUGCCUGAGGGCUCUCUUCGGCGUCUCGGUGGCCGGUAUACUGGCCUGCAUAUUCUCGUGCAUGCUCGUAUACCAGUUGUUGAGUCACGAGAAGAAGAAGAUGUACUGGGAACAGUUGGAGCUGAGAUGCAGAUCGUUGUACGGUCAGGGUGGCGCCGUGGGACCACCGGCCGGAUCCUGCGGAUGCUGCAACGAUUGCGGGGGUGCGAGUCCGUGGUGGGCGCAGACACCGGGAAAUCUGUACACGCCGAAUCCCGACAUGGCACCUUCCAGAAGGUGGCGAUUACCUUGGUCCAGAUCAAGAGGUCCAGCACCGAGCCCGGAUUCAAAUUAUGGCUUUCACACGCAAGCACGAGCAACGGAAACCAACGUGGAAGGAGGAACGGGGCCGUACAGCGUCCUCAACUCGCAAUCGAGUGGUCCUUAUUCCGUUUUAAACACUCAGAACGUUCCGUACACACCGAGCACUGCAUCUUACAGCGUUUUGGAAACGCCAGUGCCAUUAUGGGGACCGCCACCUCCUUACAGCGAUCCUAACAGUCCCGCUAGAAGGCCGCAAAUGACCGAAUCGAGAACCAGAAUUGCCAAGAGGAUGGAUAACUUUGAAAAUAAUGAAGAUCAUAGAUCGAGAUCCGCGAAGCGUCCCACUGAUAAUUAUGAAAAUGCCGAGGAGAUUUCCAACAGCACGGAUCCCGAAGGCGGAAAUGAGGGAACCGUCAAAGGUAGGAGAAUUAGAAAACCGUUGAAGGGAGUGGAGAACGGGGCAUUUCAGCAAGAAACGAAUCCCGGCCCGAAACAGUCCGAAAGUGAGCUAUACUUCGGUGACGUAUCUUCAUGCUGCGGACCUGAAAGUAGUUUUUACGAUUUGGCUGUGGAGAAAGAAGGUGCGGAACGUUCGGAAGGUGCCGACUAUCUGGCGACCAGAUUGGGCAAACGUCAGCUGUCAAAGAGAUCCCGGCUGCCUCUUCCGUUGCCUACGGACAACGGUGACAUUCCUGUCGAUAAUUACGCAAAUAGUGACGAGCCAAGGAACGCUAGAGGCCCGUUCCUCGCUCCCGACGCGCAAUAUGAGGUGAUUCAGCAGGGUCGUUAUUCCUAUUACACAUCGAAGGAUGACGAGGAAUUACAGGAGGGUCCGGCGAGUUCCGGUUAUUUCCGGGAGGACGAGAACGAGAGAGCGCGAGAAAGGGAUUACAGGGACUACAGGAAUAGCCAGGAGGAGGAAACGCCGCAGUGUUGCUUGAGCGACUCGACGACUCCUGAUUCCGGUUGGCAGAGCGGUGAACAACAGCAAUCAGAUGACAAUGUGCGGCCGGUGAACGUGUGAUCUUAAAUACUUAUAAGAUUUUAACGACAACAAAGUAACAAACGACCAGCGAUUUUUCGCGAAAAAGUAAAGAUAAUUAGAUCGUAACGAAGGAAAUGCGACAAUAGUUUCUGAUCUGUGAAUAAGUAAUUUAGAUCGAUCGUGUAUUUAGAUCUUGUUUCCCGGCAAACAAAGCAAAUAGCUGCAGUUUUGCUUGGAACUUAAUCGCCGGAAUAGAAAUGUUAGGGAUGGUAGAGCUCGAGCUUGGCAAAUAAGGUCCUAGUCGGAUGAUGUGUACGUGAUAGGUUCGUUAAAAAAAAAUGAAAACGUAAUUAAGUUGUUAAUGAGCUAAAUUUACAAUCGAUAGAGCGAAACUGAAAGAGGUCUGGAGAUGACAUGUGUAUCGCAUCGAUUCUUUUUCUCCCGAAGCAGACUGUGUUGUUAAUGAAACUAAUUUAAGAACAACGUUUCGUACCUCUUAAAUAUUUUAAGUGGCCGUGACACAUAUGUGACAUAAUGAGUACUUUGACAAUUUUCUUGCGUAAAUAAUAGUUAUUUAAUAAUAAUUGUCAAUUUCAUCUUCUUGAUGGACAUUACAUUCUAUAUCUACGUGUCAUGCUGUAGAAAGUAUAUAAUAAAAAUCGAAAUAGAGAGAGGGAGAGAGAGGGGGAGAGACUUCGAUACAAGAUACAUAGUGAUAUAAACGAUAACAUCAAAUGUAACUGUGAAUUUCGAUUUGAAUGACAUUGAGAUUACUGCCAUUAAUUUUUUUCGUAAGAAGUUUGUCGGUUGAAUGUAAGCUAUAUACAUAUAUAUGUAUAUUUAAUUGAAGAGUAAAUAUGAUUAACAUGCGAUCAAAGUGAGAUUUAUGCUACGAGAUUCAUGCUAAUUCUUGAUAAAAUCAAGCAAUGUGAUUGGAGACAAACAGUUUAGGCGCAUAAAAAUUCCUCGUGUUCAGUAUAAGACGUACAGUAUUAAUGAAGCAAUUUAAACGAUCAUAUGACAAUUGAUCGUAUGAAAUACAAUUGUCAAGUAAAAAUGUUCAUUGCAUAGAAUGAAAUAUUCGCGGCAAAUUCUGUGUAUUUUUGCACAUUAAGCGAUGUUGCUCGUGUUGUUCGUAAUAAUAAAUAAUAGUGUGUACUAAUAAUAAAUAUACCCAAGAAAUUAUCUACACUGAGAUAGAGAAUAGAAAGAGAUCGAUGCAGAAUGAGAGAGAUUGAAAGAAAGAUUUAGAUAUUAGUUUCAUAGUCGAUUGUUUGUUGAAAAUGUAUCUCUUCUCGUGAACGAGAUGUAUUACUUUAUCAAAAAGAUGUCCACUUCUCUUAUCGGAUAUCCAUUCGCUAUUUAUUGUAUUUGACUUGUAGUAGUAAUAAGCGUAUUUUUACUUGAAAUUUUUUAUAUAUUCGUUACGUAUAUACGGUAUAUAAAAUUAAAAUUGCCGAUCAAUUGUUCUUUGUUGGAUACGCGGUAUAGAUCAUGUACAAAAGUGUGCUUUACUCUUGCCAAUUGGAUGUUAGUUGUAUAACUUGCCGAUCAUCCCCGCUCAAUGAUCAAACGAUAUAUGUUUGUAAUGUUAAGAAAGUAUAUUUAAUGAGUACUUAAUUUUUGCGUCUCACACACAUCGUCAUUAUAAUUUUAAUUUAUUUCUCAGUAUCUAUAAGUAAAACGUUUCGUAUUCCUUCACCUCGAUUAAAAGCUUCAUCUCGAACUGUAAACUUCACUUCGGAUCUUUCUAAUGAAUUGCGUUAUCAAUGUGCUUACUGACACUCUUUAUUUCAGUGUCACGCCGUUUUCAGGUCACGAAGAUUUGCAUUCGGAAAUCACAAUUCAGGUGGACCAAGGACAAUAUAGAGAGAUCAAUCGAAUUAAUUAAUAGGGCACUCGUCGGUUGUCUAUUUUCGUUAUCGGCCGCUCGAGAGACAUAAGCAUGUAAAUGAAAUACAUAUUUUAUCAUCCGAUGAAAAAGAUACAUUGUAGCGCAGUAGCUUAAUAGCGUGAAUAAAUGAAUGAAAAGUGUACCUUAAGAGCGAGCCGCAGAGUUAUAGCAAAUCCGGCGCGCCAAACGUCGAACAAUGUAUUUGACAAUGAUUAAGAAUAAAGGAUGAUUUUGCGAAGAAA